GUAAUAAAGCCUGUGACGAACCACGUGGGGGUGCGGCGGCAGGCCCGUGAGGCGGGUUUGCAUUUGGUGCAAAAGGAGAUUUCGCGUUUCCAUCAUGAGAUUCGGGAACAGUUGACGACGCGUCCGGGUGAGACGUUGGUGUUUGGUGCGAGUCGGGAGGGAUUGCCAUCGGAUGCGGGGCAGUUAACGAGUGAGGUUACUGGAUCUUCGCGGGCAGAUGACAUCGUCUUGAAAGGUUUGUUCCCGAAGGCGGAAGGGCACGCGGAGGUCGAAAGUGCGCGGGUAGCCCGUCAGUUGCGGUUGGCGAUGGCUGCGGAAAUGCGAGAUGCCGCUAGGCGGAAGAAGGUGAAGAGCAAGAAGGCGCGGCACUUUCGGCGGAAGGAGCAUCAACGUGAACAGGAGCGACUGAUGGAGAGACUGCGACUCGAGAACCCUGAGGAGGCUGAACGGCUGCGUCAGGAGUGGGAAGUCAAAAGAGCCGAGGCAAGACUCAUGCUCGGCCAAAAGGCACGUCGCGCAUGGUCUCAAAUGGCGCGCCGCUUCGGUGGUAAGGCAAUGGAACGCACCAUCCAAGAAACCGCUAAAGACGCCGACGCCUUCAAGGCCUUCCUUGACAACAUGGCCGGACGCGCUGACCCCCAGGGGGAUGGGGAUCAGGAGGAUGAAGAGAGUGAAGAAGAGGAUGAAGAGGAGGAAAACCGCGGCGGCAUCUGGAACAUGAAAUUCAUGCAACGGGCACGCGAAAUGAACGCCGCCGCAGACCGAGAGGAACCGUCCGACGACGGCGAAGCAGAAGAAGACCUCGUUACCAAGUUCCUCAAUGCCAAACGCGACGAGGAAGAUGCCUAUGGCAAGGGGGCUUCUGAGAAAGCCGCCGGUGACAAGAACCGUGGCGACAAAAGCGGGGUCGCGGCUGAACCUCGUUCGGAGGAUGAACGUGGCUCAGAAGAUAGUUCUGUAAUGGAUGGCUCUGCAACGCACCUGAUGGACACGAUAUCCAGAAAGAGUGCGUCUCCCAGCGCUGCUAAGAGAAAAAUCCUGGAGAGUCCGGAAGACGGGAUUGACCUGUCUAUCUUGGGCCUGGCGGAGGAGUCGCCGAGUCCGUUCGUGGAGUCGUACUUCAGACUUAAGAAACGACGACGAGCGGUGGAGGCGGAGCCUGUUGAGACGAGCAUGACUAGGAGCGAGACGACGGACGAGUUGUCCAAGAUGUCGAAUUCAGCCGUGGUUCAGUUAGCCUUCAACCUAACCGGCGAAGAUGCGGAAACGGAGUUCGCGAAACGUUUGGAGGAGGAGGAGUUGGCUGUUGUGGAGGACGCCGUGGAAACGAUUCAGCCGACAGUGAUUCCGGGCUGGGGCAAUUGGGUGGGUGAGAACUACGUGGACCCGCGUGUGCUCGCCGAGCGUGAGAAACGGGCACAGAUGGAGAAAGAGUUAAAGAGGAAAAAACUUGAGCAACUCAGGAAACGAGGCUUAGUGAAAAUCAACCCCGAAGCUUGCCGCCCAAAAGACAAGUAUCUUGCGGGAAGUAUUCCACAGCAAUACAGAAAUGAAGCACACUAUAAAGCCGUCAUGGGACAAGGAAUAAGCAAAGAGUUCACCACCGUCACCAGUCACAAGCUGACCACGACCCCAACGGACAAGGCACUCCGGGGCAGGGUGAUCAGCGCAUUAAAAGCGCAGAAAUCCUCGUGGAAUAAUUUUUAG